AUGAACUAUAUUAAUGAAAUAAAUAAUGUUAAAAAUCACUAUCAAAAACAAGACAAAGCCAAAAUGAAUGAAGAAACUGCUCUUAAAACUUACUAUCUAUUUGAGCCUUGUCAUCAAAGCAGACCCAAAGUAGUAUCAAAUGAACCAAAAACAUCUAUUGUGAACAGAGACUUCGAUAAG